GUCCUAUUGUAUUUAGAAGAAUCGCGAACUCCCGGCGCGAAUAAUCCAGACGGAGGUUUGCAUUUCUUUCUGUCUUUGACCAAAGGAAAAGCGGACGGAAAGGUACUGUUACUUCGAUUUUAUAGCUUUAUUGAGCAUCCAGUUCGUCCCGCAAGAUUACGACUGAUUAGUAUGUUAAAACGAUUAUUGAAACGAUUAAUCCGGAUUGCGUAGAUCUUAUUCUGUUCAGAUGUCCUUCAUCAGAUUGCGCUUACGAGUUUUAACACGCUGAACGCCAAAAAAACAUGAAAAAGUGCGUUAAGGAAGAGCGAAAAUCCUAAGACUAUAUCUUUUAAAUAGACAUAAUGUAUAACUGCGCGGAUCGUGAGAUACAACACAAAUAUUGAGGUAGAUAACUUAGAGAUCAAAGUUCUCAUUUGCAGAAUUGCUGUCAAAAACAUAAAACAGAUGGGUGACAUGUUUUUUUUUAAACUGAAAAUUUCCAUAUUGUGUAGAAAAAGCUGUGUUGGGUCAUUUAUUUUAAAUAUCUCCUAGGUUUUCAAUAUGUGCUAGCAAAUUUUCUUAGUGCAUUUACAUCAGAUAAAAACGCGAGUUUAGCAAAGGUCAGAUCCAACGACAAUGAAAAAUUCCAUUUUCACUGACUGACGUAGGCAUGUAUUGCAUUCCAUGGGAUAUGUGCCCAGUACCAAAAACAGUUAUUACUCCGUCGAGCUAAAACAUCAGCGCAAGAUGAAUUUUAAAUGAUUUUAAAAUAAGCAAGUAAGUUUGUUCUAUUUCACCAAAGACUAGGGUUUUUUUUGGUUACCCGACUGGUCGAUCACCUAGACGCUUACCUGCGAUCAGGCGCUCGGUUUUUUUUUUUUAUCGGGGAGCGUGAUAGUGAAGUCCGCCUCACUACACGUCACGUUUCUCGCAAAAAGAACAUAUGAUCGCCGGUUACCCUCCCCAGUAACUUCAGGCGGGAACAGGGUACAGCGGUCAUCGAUAAAACCACCCUUACCAAUUAAUUAUUAUUACAAACACACGAUGUUUUGCAGGACCAUGCAUCAAGCACUUGAAAUUUUUCUGGUUCUGUUAGUGCUCCUAUUGGCCAGGACUCAGUCACGCCCUCUGGAUGAACUUAAAAAUGAAAUCCAGCCAACCACUACAGCAUGUUUAACUCCAAACUGCUUGUAUGACUCCAAAUGCUAUGCACACGAAGAAGAGAUAAGUCAUGGAUCAAACGGGGAAGGAUGGUGUUAUGGGCUGUUAUGUAAUGAUGGUAAUGUUGUCACAUGGGAUGACUUUGAUUGUGGUCCAGUUUCCACCACACCUCUAACAACAAUGACACCCACCACCCCACCUAGUCUCCCUGUUACAACCAUUCCAAAGUCCGGGUGCAUGUACAAUGGCAUUUGGUACGAAGAGAACAGUGACAUAGAAAAAGGGACAGAUGGUAUGGGGUGGUGCUAUGGAUUGUACUGUACCAGUGAUGGAAGGAUUAUUACAUGGGAUGACUGGAACUGUGGCCCUACAACAGGUCCUACAACAGCUCCUACAACAGGUCCUACAACAGGUCCUACAACAGGUCCUACAACAGGUCCUACAACAGCUCCUACAACAGCUCCCACGAUAGCUCCUACUACAGCUCCUUCUACAGCUCCCCCACCACCUCCCCCAUCAACAACACAAUUAGGUUGCCUCGAAAAUGGUGUCUGGUAUGCCCCAGGCAGUGAGAUAAGUAGGGGAACAGAUGGGCAAGGUUGGUGCUAUGGGGCGAUUUGUACAGAUGAUGGUCAAAUCCAGCUAUGGGAUGACUUCAAUUGUACAUCACAGUCUACACCCACACCCACACCUCCAGCUCUGCCCAAAGGUUGUUACUAUGAGGGGAAAUGGUACCCAACUGGUGUCUUUGAAGGUACUAAUAGCCGUGGGUGUAGGUUUGGAGCACAUUGUGGUUUGGAUGGCCAAGUGAUAGAUUGGGAAGAAUUUGACUGUCAAAUCAAGAGCCAGUGACAAGAAUUUCACCUAGAAUUUAUGCUUGGCUAACUAAGUCAUAAAUAUUAGAGACAGAUAGUCUGCAUGGGCUAUGGGUGUAACAUUACACAGUAGCCUAUGAUAAUACAGUGCGCAGUUCACAGAUUUGAAUGCUUUCUCAUUUAAGAUUUUCACAAAUGUGUAAUCACACCAAUAAUUGUUUUCAUAGAUUGACAAACAUUAGAAAUAAAGCUGUCCUCUCUGGAAUGUGGUCACUCAGGAAUGUUACUGACGAGCUCAAAGCAGGGUAUUUUGCCAUAUAAGAACCCAAAAGAAUCCUGUCAAGGAUUUUUCCAUCACUUCACCCAUGCCCUUAUGGUCUUGAAUAGAUAUUAUUUUAAUCAUGAAUGUUCUCAGAGCAGAAAUAUCCUACUUAAAUUUCAGUGAUGGAUUAAUAUUAUGGUAGUGUACAGAGCCAUACUUAACUAAACAGGUAGGUGAGUUCUGCACACAAGCCAAAUCAAUUCAGCAAAUUAAAUAUGUAUCAAGUUUUUUCUAAAUGAGACAAAAAGUAGCCAUCCAAUGUAAUUAUUUCUCAAAAAUUGCUUUAUUGAGAACAUUAACAGGUACACUGACAACAGUGUGUACUGGUUCAUGGAUCUGAACAGGUUAAAUUUACCUUGUGAAAAUAUUCAUCACCC